GAGCGGGCAGGCGGGCGGGCGGGCGGCGCGCACCAUGCCCUCCUUCGACGAGGCGCUGCAGCAGGCCGGCGAGUUCGGGCGCUUCCAGCGGCGCGUGUUCCUGCUGCUGUGCCUGACGGGCGUCACCUUCGCCUUCCUCUUCGUCGGCGUGGUCUUCCUGGGCAGCCGGCCCGACCACUACUGGUGCCGCGGGCCGAGCGCCGCCGCGCUGGCCGAGCGCUGCGGCUGGAGCCCGGAGGAGGAGUGGAACCGCACGGCGCCCUCCCGCCGCGGCCCCGCGCCCCACGAGCGCCGCGGCGACGGCCGCUGCCAGCGCUACCUCCUGGAGGCGGCCAACGCCAGCGCCGCCGCCACGGGCGCGCUCAGCUGCGCCGACCCGCUCGCCGCCUUCCCCAACCGCUCGGCGCCCCUCGUGCCUUGCCGGGGCGGCUGGCGCUACGCCCAGGCGCACUCGACCAUCGUCAGCGAGUUUGACCUCGUGUGUGUCAAUGCUUGGAUGCUGGACCUCACACAAGCCAUCCUAAACCUGGGCUUCCUGGCCGGGGCGUUCACCUUGGGCUACGCAGCGGACAGGUAUGGCCGAAUAGUCAUUUACUUAAUCUCCUGUUUCGGUGUUGGCGUCACUGGGGUUGUGGUGGCAUUUGCACCCAAUUUCCCCGUGUUCGUGGUCUUCCGCUUCCUACAAGGUGUGUUUGGAAAGGGGACAUGGAUAACUUGCUACGUGAUUGUGACAGAAAUAGUGGGUUCAAAGCAAAGGAGGAUUGUGGGAAUAGCCAUUCAAAUGUUCUUCACCCUCGGAAUCAUAAUUCUCCCAGGAAUUGCCUACUUUAUCCCCAGUUGGCAAGGGAUCCAGCUAGCCAUAACGCUGCCCAACUUUCUCUUCCUCCUUUAUUACUGGGUGGUUCCUGAAUCUCCCCGCUGGCUGAUUAGUCGGAAGAAAGGAGAUAAAGCGUUAAAAAUUCUGAGGAGCAUUGCCAAAUGCAAUGGGAAAUAUCUCUCGCCAAAUUACUCGGAGAUCACUGUUACAGAUGAGGAAAUUAGUAAUCCAUCCUUUUUAGAUCUGGUGAGAACUCCCCAAAUGAGGAAGUGCACACUUAUACUGAUGUUUGCUUGGUUCACGAGUGCGGUGGUUUAUCAAGGACUCGUCAUGCGCCUGGGAAUUAUAGGAGGCAACCUCUAUGUAGACUUUUUCAUCUCAGGAAUUGUGGAAUUGCCUGGAGCCGUCCUGAUCUUACUAACCAUUGAACGUUUUGGUCGACGCCUACCCUUUGCAGCAAGCAAUAUAGUGGCAGGCGUGGCAUGCCUUGUCACUGUGUUCUUACCAGAAGGAAUACUAUGGUUGAGGACCACGGUUGCUACCCUGGGAAGACUCGGAAUAACCAUGGCCUUUGAAAUUGUUUAUUUGGUAAAUUCAGAAUUGUACCCAACAACAUUACGAAACUUUGGUGUUUCACUGUGUUCAGGUUUAUGUGAUUUCGGGGGAAUCAUAGCCCCGUUUCUGCUCUUCCGGCUCGCGGCCAUUUGGCUAGAACUACCUCUUAUCAUCUUUGCACGCCGCGCUGAAAGAACAGAGGACACAGAAUCCCUUGCACACGCUCCAUAAUCUCUUUGAUGUGCCUUGAGAUCAUACCCUCCUGCCCACCUCAGUCUUCGCAGAAGGCAAGACGGGAUAGAGCCAUAGCGUAGGGAGGGACCUUAGGGUAACUCAGGGUGGCGUUUCUCAAGUGCUGUUCCAACCUUUCUGCCUGGACUUCGUCAUAGCCUCCUCUUCCCUCCUCAGCAAGAGAGGAUGCAGGCUGGCCCUUUUCUCACCUACCUUUCCUCUGCCUCCCCUUCCUGACUCCUGGCAAAGAAUGAUUUUCAUUCAUUGCUCAGCAGUUUCAACUCCAAUGAAAACAUCAAGUCCAUGAGGGCAUACAUCCUGAGCAACGCAAACGUCCUUGAGUAGUGUUUGGGACUGGAAAGUCAGCUUCUAACCGUUGACAUCAGUGACUUCAAUAAAGGAUCAUUUCAAAUGAUCUCAUGGGAUCUGAUAAACAAGUGUGGCAUUGAUUCUGCGGCCAGUACGAGAAAGCAAAGACAGGGCAUUGUUCCACCGAGACAGAGUGGUCUAAGGGCCCAGGCUCUCAAGAUGGGCAGGCCGGCUAAGCUGGCACUGGCACUGCGGUGCAGGCCCUCCCUUCAGAGUCUGGCUGGGGAGGGGAGACAGCUGCGUUUGCAAACAGCCAGUCACCUGAGAGCGUGAUCAACAAGGGUGCUACACAUCCUUGUUGCGGCACAGCACAGGGCUCACCAACCCCCAGAGACAAGGGGAGAAGGUCAGGGGGCAAGGAAGCCAUGCCUCGGCUGAGGUCUGAGGGUGAAUAGGAAUUAUCCAUGGGACGGUUGUGGGGCUCCAGGCAGCGGGGAGGCCUGGAGUAAGCAGAGGAAGGUGUUCUCUGACCCCCAGGAAGUUAAAGGACAGAGCACGGUGUGUGAGGUGAAGCCUGAAGAGAGGUGAAGCUGCUGUGGGGGCGAGCUGGGGCCAGACGAUGAAGGGUCAUUCAGACAAGACACAGAAGCCAGGAAAGCAAAGCAAGGAUGUAUUAAGUGAUAGUACACUCUCAGGGGCGAGCGGGCAGACUCAGGUGAGCAGCUGCACUGAGUUUCUUUGGCAAGCUGGUUACAUGGGGCAUAAAAAUGAAUGGGCAGAACACCCAUUAGGGAGGGAGGGGUUUGUUGAUCAUAUUCCCUGAUCUUCAUCCCAGCUACACCUCCCCAAGGAGAGGAGGGAUUUUUGCUCUUAUUUAGUCUGGAUCAGAAGUUUCAUAGUGUAGGUGCCUGAUGGGUACUUCUGAUCUGCAAGACUAAUUUUAUUGUAAUGAGGUCAUAAUGAGCAAAAGGUAACAUUUGGGCUCCAGAGAGUCCUGCCUUUCCCCACCUUUCUUUGUCUGCCUCUAGGACCCUUGUCACCCCACAUUGUGGAAUUUCCUGUCGGUCCAGAGGUUCCUGCUUUUCUCUGUCUGCCCAAGGACCCCAUUGUUUACAAGAUGUGCGGUUUCCUGCCAUUUGGCCUGUGUCCCCCUUUCUCUGUUUAUAACUAGCUUUCUGCCUGCUCUAACAUUCUCGGAUGCACAAAGGGUCUGCUCUUCAUCCAAACAUCAGCAGGAAGUUGUGGAGAGUUCUAAGCUGGGGCUGACAGUGUUUGAUUUGCAUUUUAGAAACAGGACUCUGAUGGCAGAUAUGCAAGUGAGUUGGAGGGGGACCAUGCUAGUGUGAGAUGAUGAAAAGAAUGUGUAAUCAGGCCAGAGAGCAUGAUGAGUGGGCUCAAGGUGAUGGCGUUGAGAAUUUUAAGGAGUGGAUGGACCCCUCGAAAUAUAUUAGAAGUCAUAUUGGCAAGAUGGAGAGAUGAACUGAGCAAGGGCCAGAGGGAGCAGGGAGAUGGGGUCCCAGGCUCCUGGCUGGGAGAACCACACAUGGCGGUGCAGACCACAGUUUAGUGAAGCCAGGGGGCGGGUCUGCCGGAGGACAUGGAGGGGUUCUGUUUGGCUGUUUGUCGCACGAGACACCUCUAAAAAAUGCAAGUUGAAAUUGUGAGAAGAUGGGAGGCUUUGAUGAGCUGAGUCAGGAGAGAAGUGUGGCCUUAUGAUAAAAGUUUAGACGCUAACUGGAUGUGGAUAACCACUGAAACUGUGGGAAUGACCGAAACCCCUGCCCACAGAAAAUAGGACUGAGUGAGAAGGAAGAACAGAGUCCAGGAUGGAGACCUGAGGAGUGACAGAGCAUCCAGAAUGAGCUGCAUGAGAGGAGGCGGCCGGGGGAUGAGAAGGGAUGUGGGGGAGCAGGAGGGAAAUCAGGAACGUGUGGAUGCAGGGGACUGUGGGUAGGUUCUGCCGCCACGUCAGGCAGAUCCAGUGGAUCUGGUGGUGGCAGCAACUGGCCACUUGGCUGGAGCAAGGCCGGAGGGGACAUUGAGCAGAAGCCAGAUUAGAGCAGGUGGAGGGUGCUCACAGUGGUGCUGGCUCCAGCCCACCAUGGCCAAGUGUUAAGUUUUCAAGAAUUUCUGACCUACUUAUUAAACACAUCCAUCAUUAAAAAUAGACUAUCUAAUAGAUUAAAAACAGAAGUAGUAAAUACUCAAAACUCCCCAGUUCCUCAUUCGUCGCUAUGUUACUAUAUCUGGCUGUGAGGUUAGCUGCAUCUACUACUGUACCUCCAUCUGCGGUGGAGACACUGGGUGAUGGUGCACUGCUCCCCGUCUCCUCAGCACCUCACUCAGCAACCCGGGCUGCUUGUCUGGAUGGUGUGCAUCCCUGAUGAGUGUAUUUAAGCCCCAGAAACAGGCAAACACUGUCAAUCAGGACUUUAUUUUCAGGAAAGCCUGUUGUUACACCUUUCCCGGCACACCACUAGGAUAUGAAGAUGUGUAGAAAAUAGGAGAGGAUGGCAUUUCAAGAGUUUCAGUUCUAAGGAACAGAAGGAGGGAGGAUGGUGCCCAGAGGAUAAGAAGAGGUUGAUGGAAGGCUCUUUAAAGAGGAGAGAUUUGAAUACAUUUUGGUGCUUCCACAAGUGGGUUAACGGUACUGGAGAGAGGGGCUGAGUCCCUCCAGUGAGGACCCCUAAAGGACUCCAAAAGACGCCCUUGGGCAGAUGUCAGGACAAGUCUUGCAGUGGAGCUCGAGGUGGGGGGGAGGUGUGUGUGCUGAGGCUCUAGGAAGCUGAGGGGCUCCCCCCCGGCAGCUUCUCUUUCCCCCGUGAGUAGGAGGUGAGGGCUUCUCUGAGUGUUUGGCACUUAAUAGGCCCUCAGUAAACAGCUGUCAAAUGAGUGAGUGAACAGAUAUACAAGCGCACAGGGGCAAUGGGACCAUCCAGGGUUGGAGGGUCAUAGACAACACUUGAGACCAUGAUGAAGGAACACUGGAAGGCUGUUAGUGACCGGAGAGCUGCUGCAGGUGAGGCUGGUUCAGGGUAGUGAGGCUUCCAGAGGGAGGGAGGGAUGAGAGGGGCCAGCUGUGAGUCCUGGUACCGCAACGCCUUUCCCCUGUC